AAAUAGAGAUAGAAUAACUAAAGAAAAGAAAAUGGUCUUUAGGGUUUAAGAAGAAAGCGACCUAAAUUCUUGCUCCUAAUUCCCACUUCCAGAAACGCAAACGAAGAGUUUGCGUCUGGGGUUGAAGCUUCUAGAUUAAUUCUGUGUGUGAAAGAGAAACUCUCUAAUGGCGGAGCGCAGAGGUAAACGGACUCAGGUUCAAGUGAGCUCAAAAGCAGAUUUAAAGCGGUUGGAGAAUCAGAAGAAGAAGGCCAAGUCCGGAGGUUUUGAGUCAUUGGGUCUGAGCCCCAGUGUCUUCCGAGGAAUCAGGCGCAAGGGCUACAUCGUCCCAACUCCCAUUCAGAGGAAAACCAUGCCUCUCAUCCUCGCCGGAAACGACGUCGUAGCCAUGGCCCGUACCGGUUCCGGCAAGACCGCCGCUUUUCUUGUUCCCAUGAUUGAGCGUUUGAAGCAGCACGUUCCUCAGAGCGGCGUUAGAGCUCUAAUCCUUUCUCCUACCAGGGAUUUGGCGCUUCAGACGCUCAAGUUCACCAAGGAGCUCGGACGCUUCACUGAUCUUCGUAUAAGCUUACUAGUUGGAGGUGAUAGUAUGGAAAGUCAGUUUGAAGAGUUAGCCCAAUAUCCUGAUAUCAUAAUUGCAACUCCUGGUAGGCUCAUGCACCAUUUGUCCGAGGUGGAUGACAUGUCACUGCGCACUGUGGAAUACGUUGUUUUUGAUGAAGCUGAUUGUCUAUUUGGCAUGGGUUUUGCUGAGCAGCUGCAUAAGAUUCUUGCGCAGCUGAGCGAAAAUCGUCAGACUUUGCUUUUUAGUGCAACAUUACCUAGUGCCCUUGCUGAGUUUGCAAAGGCUGGUUUGCGAGACCCUCUGCUUGUGCGGCUUGAUUUGGAGACUAAGAUUAGCCCGGAUUUGAAACUUGCAUUUUUCACCUUAAGACAUGAAGAAAAAAAUGCAGCUUUACUUUAUUUGGUAAGGGAACAAAUCAGCUCUGAUAAGCAGACACUAAUAUUUGUGUCCACGAAGCAUCAUGUUGAGUUCCUUAAUAUGUUGUUUAGGGAAGAGGGUAUUGAGCCUUCUGUAUGUUAUGGUGAUAUGGACCAAGAUGCUCGCAAGAUUAAUAUAUCAAGGUUUAGGGCAAGGAAAACUAUGUUUCUGAUUGUGACUGAUGUUGCAGCCAGGGGCAUUGAUAUUCCAUUGCUUGAUAAUGUCAUAAAUUGGGACUUUCCUCCAAAGCCUAAAAUUUUUGUUCAUCGCGUUGGACGAGCUGCCAGGGCUGGUCGAAAGGGUACUGCAUUUUCUUUUGUGACCACUGAGGAUAUGCCUUAUCUUUUGGAUCUUCAUCUAUUUCUCUCAAAACCAAUUUGGCCCGCACCUGCUGAGGAGGAAGUUCUGGAUGAUAUGGAUGGUGUUUUGUCCAAAAUUGAUGAUGCAAUUGCAAAUGGAGAAACAGUUUAUGGGCGCUUUCCCCAGACAGUAAUUGAUCUUGUUUCAGAUAGAAUCAGGGAAGUCAUUGACUCCUCUGCCGAAUUGAGUUCUUUGAUGAAAACCUGUGUAAAUGCAUUUCGAUUGUAUUCAAAGACAAAACCAGCACCUGCAAAGGAAUCCAUUAGAAGAUCAAAGGAAUUGCCUCCUGAAGGGUUGCAUCCAAUGUUCAAAAAUGUUCUUGCUGGUGGAGAGUUAAUGGCACUGGCCUUUUCUGAGCGUUUAAAGACUUUUAGACCAAAGCAGACCAUACUUGAAGCUGAAGGGGAAGCUGCUAAAUCCAAGCAUUUACAGGGUUCUUCUAGUCAAUGGACUGAUGUGAUGAAGAAAAAAAGAGCUAUUCAUGAGCAGAUAAUUAACUUGGUUCAACAGCAGCGUUCUAAUAAUAUUGCGGAAAAGGAAGUUGAAGUUGAGAGAACUUCUGCGAAGGGGAAGGAUAAAAAAGAAGCUGGUUCUAAAAGGAAAGACAGAAGCUUCAAGGAUGAGGAGUUCUUUAUAAGUUCUAUACCAACAAAUCAUCAUGCAGAGUCGGGGCUCUCUGUUGGAGCUAGCCAGGAAUUCGGUUCAAAUAGGUUUGAAGCUGCGGUCUUAGAUUUAGUUGCUGAUGAUACUGCAGGAAUGCAGAGACAAAAAUCUGUAUAUCACUGGGACAGGAGGAGUAAAAAGUACAUCAAAUUAAAUAGUGGCGACCGUGUUACUGCUAGUGGGAAGGUAAAGACAGAAAGUGGUGCAAGAGUAAAAGCUAACAAAACUGGGAUAUACAAGAAGUGGAAAGAACAAUCACAUAAUAAAAUAUCUCUUAGAGGAGGUGAAGAGAAUGCUGAUGAACGCACUGGACGAUCUUUUGCAGGUGAUCGCCAAUCACAAGGCGAUAACAGAAAAUUUAAGGGGAAGCGAAACCAGAACCACGUGCCUAAUGCUCAUGUACGUUGUGAAAUCAAAGAUCUGGACCAAGUUAGGAAGGAGAGACAUAAGAAGGCAACCAAAAUUUCUUAUCUGAAGGGCAAAAAUAGCAAGGGUAAAAAAGGUGUUAAAAGUGGGAAAAGGGGAAAGUCUAAAAGAUCGAGUGGCAAAUAGUUUUUCAACGUGUUGUAGGACUUGGUAUAUUAAUCUCAAACUGAAAGUUUUGACAUUUGUCAAUUGGAGAAGGUUUCAUUUUACAUGGACGGAUCUGAAUAGACGGACAAUUUUUUUAAAGAAAAAUUUACACAAAAUAUCAUUUUUGGCCUGAA